AUGACUGAUUUUAUUUCAAACUUUUCAAAAUUAUCAAUUAAUGAAAUUCCAUCAAAAUUGAAUACAAUUAAAUUCCCAGAAUUAAAUAAAGAACAAAAUGCAUUAUCAUCUCAAUUUGAAACUUUAUCAAAUAGAUUAGAUGAAAAAGAUACAAUUACCAAAAUUAAUGAUUCAUUAAGAAAUAAAACUUAUUUAGUUGGUUCAGUACCUUCAAGAAGUGAUUUAUUGGUAUUUGAAAAAUUAUUCCCAGAAGCUUCAAAAUUAACCACAACCAAAGAAGAAUUAGCAAAAUAUAGACACGUAUUAAGAUGGAUUGAUCUUGUACAAAAUACUUUGGUGAAAGUAUCAGAACCAAUUAAAAUAGAUUAUGAUGUUGAAUUACCAAGAGAAAUCAAAGAAAAGAAAAAACCAGCACAACCAACUACAACAGAUAAAACAGCUGCACCAAAAGAGACCAAAGCAGAACCAAAAAAUAAUGCAAAAGCUGAUAAAUCAAAAACAAAAGAGACACCAUUUAUGGAAUUAAGUGAAGAAGAAAGAAAAGCAAGAUUAGAUGCCAAAGAAGCUAAAAAAGCAGCAAAAGCUAAAAUUAAUGCCGAAAAAGAGAAACAAAAACAACAAGAAAAAGCAGCAUCUGUUGCCCCACCAACACCAACAAUGGUAGAUUUAAGAGUUGGGUUUAUUGAAAAAGCAGAAAGACAUCCAGAUGCUGAUUCAUUAUAUGUGUCAACUAUCCACAUGGGAGAUGAAGAAGGUCCAAGAAUUGUUUGCUCAGGUUUAGUAAAUCAUAUACCAAUCGAAGAAAUGCAACAAAGAUAUAUUAUUGUAGUGGCUAAUUUAAAACCAGUAACAAUGAGAGGUGUAAAAUCUUGUGCCAUGGUUUUAUGUGCUUCAAAUUCUGAUAAAGUUGAAUUUGUAAAUCCUCCACCAAAUUCAAAAGCUGGUGAUAAAAUAUUCUUUGAAACUUACAAAGGUGAACCGGAAAAACAAUUAAAUCCGAAAAAGAAAAUUUGGGAAGCUAUACAACCAAAAUUUACAACUACCGAUAAUUUUGAGGUUACUUUUACUGAAGAUGGUAAAGAUCCUGUUUAUUUGGUAAAUGAAAAAGGUGAAAAAUGUAAAAAUACUUCAAUUGUUGGUGCAAAAGUUAAUUAG